CUAUAAUUUUUCCAUUAACUUUCAUUUAAUGUUUAUCGUCUACACUUUUCUUCUAUUAAACUUAUUAUUUAAUAAAAUAAUACUUCUAUAUCCACUAUUUAAAACAUUCUAUUUUAUAAAAAAAACGGAUGGCUUAAGUUAGCCAAGAAUGCUAUUGAAAAAAAAAAGCUAAAAAAGUAAAGGCAAUUGGGUUGAUAUUCAAAUUAGACAAGUCUUUGUGAGUAAUGUGGAGUUUUGUGUUUGUUGUUACUUGGGUCUCUCCAUUUCUUUGGUUCCCCAGCACUGUAAAUUGUGUAUACAAAUUUGUCUGCUUUAGAUUCAACCUUUUUCUAUUUCAAAUCUCUCCGACUCCCCCUAUCACUAUCACAAUUUUUCAUCUUUCAAAAUUUCUUCUCAAAAUCAUUGAUGAAUUUGCAGUAAUUUAAUUCCAUAAUCUUUUUCCUAUAACCAAUAACUAUUACUCCCAUUUCCUCUCUAUUUCUUUGAAUCUUCCAUACUUUUCUUCCCUUCUCUUUUCUUUGUUUUACUGGCUUUGUUCUUUUUGAACAUUUUUCGAUUUGGGGUUUCAAGAUGAUGAUCGUAACAUUUUGAUCCAUGUACUCUUUCUCUGCCGUUUGAUCACUUUUUUUUUGACGUUUUAGGGUUUCGCCGAUCUUUAGGGUUUUACGACGUAUAAGUGUGGUUCAUCUAGACUUUUCCAGCCUUCCAGGUGUAUGAUGCUCAUAUAGAAGCCUUUAACUCUUAAAGACAAAGUUGACAUUGAAAUAUGGUGCACUCUGCAGAACGGCCGAAUAGUACAAGUUCUCCUAAGAUUGGAGUAGGAGAGAUAGACACCAGGGCUCCAUUUCAGUCUGUGAAGGAUGCUGUCAACUUGUUCGGUGAGGUUGCCUUUUCUUCUGGAGAAAAACAUGCUAUUAGGAAGACCAAACCACAUUCUGCCGAGAGAGUUCUGGCUAAGGAGACUGAACUUCACCUGGCACAAAAGGAGCUGAACAAGUUAAAAGAGCAACUUAGAAAUGCUGAAAAUACCAAAGCUGAAGCACUUAUAGAACUUGAGAAAGCAAAGAGUACUGUAGAAAAUCUAACUAACAAGCUCAAAAUCUUAAAUGAAUCCAAAGAAGCUUCUAUUAAAGUGACAGAAGCUGCAAAACAACAUGCAAAGCAGCUCGAAGAUGCAAAUAGCGGCAAACAUGCUGUGAACAAUGGUUUUGAUGAAAAAGAAUUUGGAGAUGCAAAAGAACAGUACACAACUGUAAUCUCAGAACUUGAUGCUGCCAAGCAAGAGCUGGCAAAAGUUCGUCAGGCUUACGAUUCAUCUUUGGAAGCAAAAGUUACUGCCACCAAGCAAGCAGUAGAAGCCGAUUAUGCUGCCAAAGCGAACAAAGAACGGGCUUCCAAACUUGAAACGGAAAUUUCUUCUCUGAAGGAAACAAUUGAGCAAGUGAGACAGGCUUCAGUUGUUGCACAACAGGACCAGGCAAAUAUAUAUUCCGAAAAGGAUGUUGAUAGACAAUCUUACAAAACUAAAUUGGAGGAGUCUGCAAAGAAGCUGGAAAAUAUGAAGAAAGUGUUUGAUCCUGAUGUUGCCAAAGACAUUGAGGCUAAACUGGCAGAAGUAAUUAGUGAAAUUGAGGCUUUGAGAAAGGAAGUGGAGAAUGUUAAGGCAUCAGAUGUUGACUCUGUGAGAACUGUCACUUUGGAGUUGGACAGUGCAAAGAAAUCACUUCAAAAAGUGUUGGAAGAGGGAAGCUAUCUCCAGUGCUUGGUGGAUUCUUUGAAGAACGAACUAGAGAAUUUGAGGAAGGAACAUGCAGAAUUGAAAGAGAAAGACGCGGAAACCGAAUCUAUAGCUGGAAAUAUGCAUGUUAAGCUCCGGAAAUGUAAGUCUGAGCUUGAGGCUUUCAUGGAAGAAGAAGCUAAAGCUAGUGGAGCGUCAGAUGAAAUGAUUGCAACAUUGAAUCAACUAACAGCUGAAGCAGAAAAUUCUAGACGUGAAGCCGAAGAAAUGAAAAUCAAGGCUGAAGAGCUUAGAAAGGAAGCUGCUGCCACUCGAAUAUUACUAGAAGAAGCUGAGCAGAAGUUAAAUUUAGCACUUCAAGAAGCUGAGGAAGCAAAAGCUGCUGAGGCAAGGGCACUAGAUCAGAUUCAGGCCUUGUCUGAACAAACAGAUGCUGCACGGUCCUCUACCUCAGAUUCGGGUGCAAAAAUCACAAUCUCACGGGAUGAGUUCCGGUCUUUAAGUAGGAAAGCAGAAGAAUCCGAGAAACUUGCGGAUAUGAAGGUAGAAGCUGCGAUGGCACAAGUGGAAGCGGUGAAGGCAAGUGAAAAUGAGGCACUUAAGAGGUUGGAGGCUGCUAGGAAGGAGAUAGAUGAUAUUAAGGCUGCCACAGAAGAUGCCUUGAAAAAGGCACAAAUGGCUGAUGCUGCCAAAAAGGCUGUCGAGAGUGAGCUUCGAAGAUGGAGGGAACGAGAGCAAAAGAAAGCAGCUGAGGCUGCCUCCCGCAUUUUGGCAGAGACACAAGCGGUACAAGCUCAGGUUCACUCACCUAUGCAGACACACACACAUUUGGUGUCAACUAAGUCAGGACCAGUUGAUUACAAGUUUCAAGUACAAUAUGAAUCUGAUAAGGCCAACGGAAGUAAGUUGGAUAAGCCGAAAACUUCAGUUUCAAAGAAAGUGCUAUUGCCUAAUCUUAGUGGCAUAUUUCACAAGAAGAAAAGUCAAGCAGAAGAUGGAUCACCUUCUUAUCUUCCUGGUGAGAACUGAACUUAAUGAUGUUUCAUGAUUAAGCAAAGGAAACAUAUAUUGCAUUUUGGAUACUUGUAUAUUUUGGUAGGAAGAUGGAGUUUGUGUGUUGUUAUUACAUGUGCUAUGUGAAGAGGACAUGAAAUGGAUGUGACUUUACAAUAGAUCCAGCUAGUCCUUCCUGUAUAGAACCAAGGUACUUAACUUAAUAAUUGGCUUGGAUUAGUGUAGUUGAUUGUAAUUUGAUAUUCACUGUUUAUUGUCUAUGCGUGCUGGGAAAAUAUGGUGACAUAAGGUCACUUGCUUCUCUUCUCCUUCAA